UCAAGUAGAUGUACUUAUUUUAAAAUAUUUUUGUGUGUGGAGGUCCUUUAGAUAGUGAAAGCGUGAUAAGGAAGUAUAAAAACUUAGAAGUUAUAAUAUAUGACUGUAUCAGACAUCUUACUAUAACAUUAUUGUUAUGUCUUGGCUGACAUCAGCGGGUAAAUUACACAUAGUACUGCUGCUCUGACUUGCGAAGAAAUGAUGUAAAGUCUGAUUACUUUAGGUCAGCUGCUCUGUUGGUUGGCACAUGUUUGAUAUUUGGGCUAUAGUUUGGCAACUCUUUACAAGGGUUUCUGAUGAAUCAACCAUACUUGGCCAUGACAUCCUACUGUAGACUGCACCAUUUGAAGUGGCUACUUUCAGUUGCAAAAUCAACGGCCACUAACAAUGGGGAGAGAACUGGGACGCAUUUUUCUAAUCUUAACAUUUUAACUGUUAGAAAUACAAAUCAAUCUAAGAGAUGUUUCACAAGCCUACAAAGACACUGUGAACACAGUGUAGAAAGCAAAGUUUGUUAUGAAAAGGGCAUAACACAGAUGUGUACAACAUUAAACAGGCUUUGUCAAACUAGGAAUGGACAUGACAGAUUACCUGCAGCAGGGAAACACACCUCCUCCCUGUUUGUCAGUGAUGCCUCUGCACAAAACACAACAAUGGUAGAGAUUGAUUUGGGGCUAGAGCGGAGUGUUGCACGAAAAAAACAGCUUGUCAAAAAUAUCAAGAUCAGAGGGAUGAAGACCGAUGUUGACACUUUUAUAGAAGACUUCAGGUUGAUGAAGAGGCUUGAGAAGGAGAAACAGAGGCUGGAGAGAGAGAGAGAAGAGAUUGCAAAGAAGAUGGCUGACCUGAAGAAAAGCAAGGACAAGGAGGAGGAUGUGCUGGACACCAGAGAACUGUUGACAUCCCGGGGCAAGAGGGUGAAAGAAGCACUGAAAGAACUACAGAGAAGCUGGUGGGUGUGGGAGGAGAGAGUGAUGCUGGCAGGUCUCGGACUUCCCAACAACAUCCGGGCCCAGACUCCAGAAGAGGAAGUUCUUGUGCUUGAGUCCCAUGGGGAAAUACCAGAUAUGUCUGAGGCAAGAAGUCACCUGGAAGUAGUGAGAGAGAAAGAUUUAGUGAGGUUUAGCUGUGUAGGACCGAAGGCUUACUACUUGCUGGGCCAGCUGGCUUCACAUGAACAGUCUCUGUUGCACUCCGUGUCACACCACCUCACCAACAACCACUUCCAUCAGCUGGCAUGUCCAGAAAUAUUCCGGUCGUUAGUUGCGGAAGGGUGUGGGAUUGACUAUAAAGACAAGACUCAGAUUUUCAGUCUACUUGACAAGGAUGACAGGGAUGCCACUGGCAACCUGCGACUGGAUGACUUCCUGCACAUCCAGGGGACAUCACUCUUGUCAUUCGCUGGUUACCUGGCGAAGACGGUUGUGCAGACAUCAUGUCUGCCAUACAGACAGGUGGCAGUUGGGAGACAGUAUCUACCAGAGAGUGAGCCUGACUUGCCUGGCUUGUUUGGAGUCACACAGUCAAUGAAGACUGUGGUUCUGUCUUCCUGCUCUGACCGAGUGUCCUGUGUUAUGGAAUUCAACAAGAUCACAGCUCUAGUCUGGAAGAUGUACCACAAACUAAAUCUAGCCAUGAGGCUUGUGGUGAUUCCGGGCAGGGACCUGCUGCUGUGUGAGAGUCUGAGGGUGGAGAUACAGAUGUGGGCCCCUAGUGUCAGGACGUACAUCAAGGUGGCUCAUGUUUCAUGCAUUGAUGACUAUGUUGCUAGGCGUCUGAUGUGUUACCAUAGCAACAACCAAACAGAUUAUAAACAAUUUCAACAUCUGCAGAUGGUGUAUGGAGAGGUUUUGGAUGUGACUCGGUUGUUGGGAGUUAUGCUGGAGCACAGACCAAGUUCCAGUGACAAGAAUGUUCUCACUUUGCCAGACUUUGAGUUCUCCAUCCAGGAACUAAGGUCCACAUCUGAGGAAUGUAUUCUCAGUUUACAAGAAUUGCUCUUCACACCAGAACAUAUUGUGUCAUAGGGAGCAGCCUUCUCUAGUUGUAUACAGAGCAGGCUAACUAUUUUACCUGUUCCUGAGUGUUUUCUUGACUUUGUUAAAUGUACUUAUGUUUGUGGAGUACAUUAAAGUCUUUCUUGAUACAUGUUAUCUCA